AUGCUCCCCCCGGAGCUAACCCUCAUCGUGGCCGCCACACGCACCAUGGGCAUCGGCCGCAGCGGCACACUCCCAUGGACCGGCCUCAAAAAAGAAAUGGCGUACUUUGCGCGCGUGACAAAGCGUCUACCACAACCACCUUCAACUUCAUCUUCAGGUUCUCUUGCGCUAAACGCUGUCAUCAUGGGCCGCAAGACCUGGGACAGCAUACCACCUAAAUUCCAGCCGCUGAAGGGACGUCUCAAUAUCGUCAUCAGCCGAUCGCAUGCUGGCUCCGAGCAGGAGACGGCGGUAACGACAGGCGAAGGUCCGAUAAGAGUAAACUCGCUGGACCAAGCGCUCGUGCACCUCAAGGCUGCUAGUAUUAGCCGGGCGUUCGUCAUUGGCGGCGCGCAGAUCUACGAAGCGGCGCUGGAACUUAAGGAGGCGCGACGCGUGUUGCUAACGAGAGUGCUGUCGCCGGAUUUCGAGUGCGACACAUUCUUCCCUCUUGGCCUACAGGAAGACAAGGUCGGUCAGGGAAGCAAUGGCUGGGUGAAGAGAUCUAAGGAGGAGCUGGAUGCUUGGACCGGGGAGACGGUGCCCGAAGGUGCGCAAGAGGAGAAUGGGACGAAGUAUGAGUUUGAGAUGUGGGAGCGGGUUGAUUGA